ACAAGUUAUAUAUAAACUAAAUAUUUGUUUAUACCUCCAACAAUUACUAUAAUAAUGUCUGGUGGAAUGCAAGGAAUUCGUAAGCUGGCGGAUAAGCUUUUCACUCCCAACGAAAUUCGUCGUUUUCAGGCGUACAAAAACCGUUUUAGUGAGAAAUAUCUCAGCGUGGAGGGCCUAAAGUCCAGUUUCAAGACACCGAAUUUGGGUAAACUCUUCAAUCGCCGCAUGUUUUCAUCGAACAAAGAAGGUAAGGCAUCCCAUAAUCUAAUAGAUUAUAUAUUUUUAAGAUCAUAUUUUAAAGCCUGUCCCGAGGAGCCCAAGGCCAAACCGGAAUGCGAUCCCAGUUGGGAUGAACUCUAUCCGCCUGGGCCGCCUUACGAGCCAUAUGAUUCGCAUUUCUGGUAUCCAGAUCCCGAGUUUUACAGCGAAGCGCAAUAUGUGGUCAGGUUCCCCGAAGGCGACGAGUGGAAACGUCGACCGAAUAUGACAGGCAAGCAGAGGCCACCCGUCGAUCGCACUUUUCGCACCAAGUUCAUUAACUUUGGACCCGCCCAUCCGGCAGCCCACGGAGUUUUGCGCAUGAUCUUGGAGCUGGAUAAUGAAACCGUACUCAGGGCCGAUCCACAUAUAGGAUUAUUGCACCGCGGCACCGAGAAACUCAUAGAGUACAAGACCUACAUGCAGGCUUUGCCCUAUUUCGAUCGUUUGGAUUAUGUUUCCUGCAUGGCCAAUGAGUUGGCUUAUGCUUUGGCCGUGGAAAAGUUGCUGAAUGUGGAAGUUCCCCGAAGGGCCAAGUAUAUAAGGACCAUGUUCUCGGAGAUUAUGAGGCUUACGAAUCACACCAUGGCCAUAGCUUCGUCGGUUCUCGAUUGUGGGGCUAUAACCCCGUUAUUUUGGCUAUUCGAGGAGCGCGAGAAGCUAUAUGAAUUUUCGGAACGCGCAUCGGGAGCUCGCCUGCAUGCCGCCUACAUUCGUCCGGGGGGCGUGGCCUCGGAUAUACCACUCGGUUUCCUCCACGAUCUCUAUCAGUUUAUCAAUCAGUUUAGCGAUCGCCUGGAUGAGGUGGAGGAUGUGGUCACCGACAAUCGCAUCUGGCGUAUGCGUAAUAUUGGCAUUGGCGCAAUUUCAGCGCACGAUGCCUUGAAUUGCGGAUGCACUGGACCCGUUUUGCGGGCCACUGGCGUCAAGUGGGAUCUGCGAAAGCAACAGCCCUACGAUGCCUACGAUGAGAUGGAGUUUGAUGUGGUUGUGGGCUCGAAUGGCGAUUGCUACGAUCGCUAUCUGGUGCGAAUGCGUGAGAUGCGCGAAUCGGUGGGUAUCAUUAAACAGUGCAUCGACUGCAUGCCACCGGGUGAGAUCAAGGUGGACGAUCUCAAGAUCUGUCCGCCGCAGAGGCGCAAGAUGAAGGAGGGCAUGGAGGAUCUGAUCCACCACUUCAAGCACUUCUCGCAGGGCUUCUAUGUGCCACCCGGUGAGACUUACACUGCCGUGGAGUCGCCCAAGGGCGAGUUUGGUGUUUAUCUCAUCUCCGAUGGCUCAACGCGUCCCUAUCGCUGCAAGAUACGUCCGGCAUCCUAUGCUCACCUAGCCCUAAUGGCCAAGUUGGCACCCGCCCACAUGUUAGCCGAUAUUGUGGCCAUUAUUGGAUCCCUGGAUAUUGUCUUUGGCGAAAUCGAUCGUUAG